UCUCUCUCUAAAAAAAAUUCAACAGGUGGCCUUUCUCUCUCUUCUUUCUCUCUCUAAAAGUGUGGGCAUUCGAUCAAUCUCUCAAUUCAACAGAUGCCCUUCUCUCUCUCCCCACCAUCCUUAGUUCAAAGAUAGCCAAAUUUUCAUCUAUUUCUCUCUAUUCCCUAUUCAUUUUUCCUUUCUUUUCAUCCAUUUCUCUCACUUUUCCGUUCAAAUUUGAUUGUUUUGACCCAUUUCUCUUACUUUUCUGCCCAUUUCUUUGGAUUCCGUGACAGGAAUUCAAAGCCUUUCUCCCAGUAGAAACUUGGGAAUUGGUUGUUUUUAAGAGAAGUUGAAGAAGCAGAUGAUGAUGAUGACAAUGGAGGGAAUGAUGGAUAAGGGCGUGUUGGAAGAUAUCAUAAGGCGGCUUUUGGAUGGAAAAGGAGGCAAACAGGUACAGCUUUCGGAGGCUGAGAUCCGCCACCUCUGCGUCAACGCUCGCCACGUUUUUCUUUCUCAGCCCAACCUCCUCCAGCUUCAUGCCCCUAUUCGGAUCGCUGGUGAUAUACAUGGACAGUACCAAGACUUAUUGAGGCUAUUUGAAUACGGUGGAUUCCCUCCUGCUGCAAACUACCUCUUUCUUGGAGAUUAUGUAGAUCGUGGAAAGCAAAGUCUGGAAACAAUAUGUUUGCUUCUGGCUUACAAAAUAAGAUAUCCUGACAACUUUUACCUCUUGAGGGGAAACCAUGAAGAUGCAAAGAUCAAUCGGAUUUAUGGCUUUUAUGAUGAAUGUAAAAGGAGGUUUAAUGUUAGGCUUUGGAAGAUAUUCACCGACUGCUUCAACUGUUUGCCUGUGGCUGCACUCAUUGAUGAAAAGAUACUUUGUAUGCAUGGGGGCCUCUCUCCCGAGUUGCAAAAUUUGAAUCAAAUUAAGGAAAUUCAGAGACCUACUGAUGUUCCAGAUAGCGGUCUCCUUUGUGAUCUGCUUUGGUCUGAUCCUGAUGCUAGAGUUGAUGGUUGGGCAGAUAGUGAUCGAGGUGUUUCUUGUACCUUUGGAGCUGAUAAGGUUGCUGAAUUUUUGGACAAGAAUGAUCUUGAUCUCAUUUGCCGAGGUCAUCAGGUGGUGGAGGAUGGAUAUGAAUUCUUUGCUAAACGACGAUUAGUCACAAUUUUUUCAGCACCAAACUAUGGUGGAGAGUUUGAUAAUGCCGGUGCUCUUUUGAGUGUUGAUAAAGAUCUAGUAUGCUCCUUUGAGAUAAUGAAACCAGUUGAUAAUAAAGCAUCAUUGAGCGGUUCUACUGUACCUAAGUUGAAUCUUAAGAAGGUAUACACAAUACAAUACAAACUUAUAUCAUAUUGCGUCUUUAAAUAUUUGACUAGAUUAGGGUUCAUGGCAUCCAAUGUUGGUGCCAUGAAAGUUCCUUUUCUUUUGUUGACCAGGUCCUCUUUUCUUGUCUUUGUUUUUGAACAGCCCAUAAAACCUGGAAAGAUCUGAUACAUGAAAAAGAAGGGUAUUUGAAGAUGUCUUCAGUUGAAAAGGGAAUGAUCAACUUGUGCUAGAGUUUGAAUCAUCUGGUAAUGGAUGGGUUUCAGAAUUGAGAAGCUUUCCAGUUCCGAUCAUGACCUAAAUCCUUCAUGAUAUUGAAGCUUGCCAAUGAUUUAGUUGCAGAUGGGAGUUGUUGUAGAAUCUGUAAAUGAACAAAACACAAUGUCUUCUGUGCAGGAAUGGAGAUUUUUGCUUUAGACAAUCUUUGAUUACGUACUGUAUCUGCUAAUUAGCAUUCAAUUUGCCAGUACUGAUUGAGGAUAUGGACCUGCCGUAAGACCUUUGACUGAGUGAGUGUAUUGUACAUCAGGUGCUCUCUGUUGUUUGUUCUCGGUUAUUCUUAUUGAUCAAAUACCCAGUAUAUUGUAGUCAA